CAUCAACACAUCACCACACAAUCUCUGUUUUGCUCCCAUCUGUCCAUCCAUCCAUCCCCUUGAUCGUUCCUUCGACCGGCCAUGCACACGAUCCCUCCCCCUGACAAUCCGUCUCAUUAGAAACCUGAACUCGCACUCGCCUCUGUCUUGGUCACUUUACGCACUUUUUUUCGUUUUAUUUUGUUUUACAAUACGCACACCCACUCUCCUCCACACCCACUCUCCUCCACACCCUCUUCCUUCCACUGCACACUUUCUGUCGUUAUCCAGCACUUUGCACCCAAGACCAUCCUUCCCUUGCCCACAUCCAACACACGGCUUGGCCCUAGCACAUCCACAUAACGCAUUAACUCUCGACUCUUCAGCCUAUUCACAGACCUUCAACUACUAUUCCCUACUAAAAAAAAAAAAAAGAAAGAGAAAUGAUCAUGGCCCCAAUUUCCUUGUCAUCACCAUGCCAGUCGAACGCAACAGCUGGGGAUGCUGCUAAUCUGGACGGAUAUUUGACUAAGAAGAGGGCCUCGAUCCAUUAUCCGGACGACUCCACAGCUGCAAAACGGAUGUCUUUGCAUCUUGGUCUGCGCUGCCGUUCGCUGUCCGAGUCCUGGGCAUUUGUCUCUCCUUCUACAGUCGUGCCUGAAUUCCCAGAGAAGAAGGACGGAUCAACAUCAACAUGCUCUUCAUCAUCCACCACAUCGACAGAGACACCAUCAUCGCCCGUUGUCGACACUAGCAGGACCAAUUCUAGCCGGGAAAUGAAUCAAGAACAGCGUGAUCAGGAACUCCUGAACACACUAACCUCUUUCUUGCGAGGCGAAGGCAAUGCUGUGGAUUGUCAUCCCACGGCCAAGGAUUGCCGGACCAUCAACGAUGGCCUCUCGGCUGUCACGGCCUCUGUUGGGACCAAGACGGAAUCAGGACUCUCGCAAUCGGCUGGCCCGACCAACGAAGGGUCGGAGCUCUGUGAUCUUGUGGUCACUAUCCGCGACUUUGCCUACCCAACGGCUCACCCGUACCACUGCGGACUGUAUCCACCCGAGCCAGCAUAUGAAGAGUCGGACAUUGAGGAGGACGAUGAGACAGAGGAGGACUAUGACGAACAGGACCAGGAUCGGGAUUCGAACGAUCGCACACAGGGACAUGCUCGUGGUCUAUAUGACUUUGACGCCGAAAAUUCGAGCGAACUAAGUUUCCAGGAGGGUGAAUUCCUCUGGGUUCAUUGCCGACAAUUCCCAGGCUGGUUCUUGGGAGAGAUGAAUGGAAAGACUGGACUUGUACCUGAGAACUACGUACAAUUGCUAUAACUGGCUACUCUGCCCGAGGAUUUAAUCACCUUCACUCUCUUUCUGUAAUAAUCUCCGUUCUUCCGUACCAUAGUCGCUGGUCGAUUGUGGUUUAAAAGAUAACCAAAAAUUCUAAUAAAAUCUAAAGCAACCCCCGCAUGGCAUUUUUCUA